CCCAGGUAGGAUGAACAUUGGAAUGACUGACGUCUACUUGAACAAGUUAGGAGCCAACCUCCCAACCAUGGCGUACCACGACGAAGAGCCGGAGAACGAAGCUUGGCGCAUCUCCUCGGAGAGGAAGAACGUGGUGCUGGAAUUCCUGCACACGGAUCUGAGCCUGCACCUGCUCCGACGCCAUCACAAACGGAUCGAGCUUCUCAAGAAGUGCUCCUACUACCUCGAAAUCCUGCCCAAGCACCUGGCCCUGGGCGAUCAGAACCACCUGAUGCUUCCCACCACCAUGUUCCAGCUGAUCGAUCCUUGGCGGUUCCAAAGGAUGAAAAAAGUGGGCACCAUCCAGACCAAGAUUCAGCUGCUGCUCCUGUCUGACCUGCUAGAAGAAUUAGAGAGAGGUCGGGAGGAGCUGGUCCAACUUCUGGAGAACUGCGACAUGAUGACGUUCCUUUCCAGGUGGGACACGGUCAGGCAGAAGCUCUCCAGACUUUCGGAACAGAUGGAUUACUUCCUGGCCAUACUGGUCCCCGGAAGGUUGUACAUCAAACACCGGCUGGUCUCCGACGUUGGGAUCACCAAAAUCCCACACAUCAGACUAGUCCUCAGCACCAAGAUGCCGGUGAUGUUUGACCGGAGGGAAUCCGUGGCUCACGAAGACUGGGUCAGCCUCAAAUGGUUGGUCACCAGCCAGCAGUCCCAGCUUGACCAGUUUGAACUCCACUUUCGGCUGUUGGAGCCCAGAACGCCUCAAGAGCGAGUCCAGUGUGGAAUUAUGCCGGUCACCUCCCACACGUGUGAAAUCCACAACUUGUUGCCCGACUGCUUGUACAGGUUCACCGUCCGAAGAGCGGAAACCUACACGCUUGUUUACGAACCGUGGCACGAUUCCCUACUGCUUAAGACUAAACCGUAUCUUGCCGAAAGCAACGGAGAGACCACCACACAACCCUGA